AUGUACUCGGCCAUUUUGGUCCUUCUGCUGGCUUUGAUAAUGUCUUGGGAGCCGCAACGCUGGGCAUCAUCACUUUCCGCACGCUCCUCGUCUCCUAUCGUUGUUUCGCCCAGUCAAUACUUUGAUGGUAAUGAUGGUCCAUGGAGUAGCUUCUUUCUUCGAGUAGGUACCCCGGAGCAAUAUGUUAGAGUUUUAGUAUCAACGGCCUCUCCGGAGUCUAUGGUGGUGUUAUCUGAAUAUGGCUGUUCCGACUCAGUUUUCGCCAAUGCACCAUCAAAUUGCGCAUCAUCAAGAGGUGAUUUGUUUACGUCCAACAAAUCUUCCAGUUGGAAUGAGCUUGGCAUCUUCAAUAUCAACAACAACGGCGUUGGUCUGGAGGCCAAUCUGGGAUACUCCCAAAGAUCCGAAUUUGCGACGGAUGAUAUAGGCCUCAGUUUGAAUGGACCAAAGCUCGAGAACCAGACCCUUGCCGGAAUUGCAACUCCUGAGCCCUUCUACCUGGGAAUAUUGGGUCUCAAUCCUCAACAAGUCAACCUCAGUACCUUGGGAAAUUCUUCAUCACCUUCAUUCUUCACAACUCUCAAAGACCAAAGCAUGAUUCCAAGUUUGAGUUGGAGCUAUACCGCUGGCGCUAAAUAUCGUCUGAAGCAGGUUUAUGGCCAACUCAUUUUCUCUGGCUACGAUCAAUCGCGAUUUACCUCAAACUCUGUUUCAUUUACCAUGGCGGACGACAUCACACGCGAUCUCGUCGUUUACCUACAGUCAAUCAGCUACAGCGGAUCAACCUCUUCGAUAUUACUAUCCAAUCCGAUUGACAUUUUUAUUGACUCGACCGACCCAAAUCUGUGGCUGCCCGACAGCGUCUGUAAUGAAUUUGAGAAAGCGUUUGGCUUAACUAUGGAUAAUGACUCCGGUUUGUAUCUGGUGAAUGACACUCAGAAUACCGAAUUGCUCAACUCAGAGGCUGAAGUGACUUUUCGGCUAUCUGAUGUGGGAACUGGGGGAGAUGCCGUCGUAAUCACUCUACCAUAUGAAGCAUUCGCUCUGACCGCGAAGCCUCCUCUGGUCGAUAACAGCAGCUACUACUUCCCAUUGAAGCGGGCGGCCAACUCGACUCAAUACACCCUGGGUCGAGUAUUCCUGCAAGAAGCGUAUCUAUCGACCGAUUAUGAGCGCGGCGUUUUCAAUGUAUCCGCUUGCUCCUGGGAAGAAGAUUCCCAAGAGGAUAUUGUUGAAAUUAUGUCCAAAGAUGCUGGUUCUUCCGAAUGCUCAGGAAGCGGAUGCUCUUCUGGUGGGAGCAGCUCCGGAAGCUCUUCAAGCCUGAGUCGGGGGAAAGUUGCCGGUAUUGCAGUUGGUGCAGUAGUUGGAUUCUUCCUUCUUUUGGGCAUAUUACUCUUCUACAUUCGUCGGCACCGACAGAAAUCCAGAAAUAAGGCGAUCGAUCCCAGGCCGAACGUAUCUGUUCUGACUGGGCCCGUACAUAACGGUGGUCCUCCCGAGUCUUCCUUGCAUGAUGAACACGAUUCUCUCCCACAGUCAGCAUUCUGGUCUCCAGACACGCUGAAUGACAGCAGUGGUCUAACUGCGAGUCGAAAUAAUGGAAGCAGUGGCGGUAGUGGGUGCCAUGAGAACAGCUCAGGUGAAAAUGAGCUAGAUGGCCACAAUACUCAGAUCAAGCCGGUCUACCAUGAGCUGCCUGGGUCCAAAGUACCGAAUGUUUAUUAG